AUGCCUUCUAUUCGAUGUCUUCAUUCUGCCAGACGUGGAAUGGCUUCCAUGCGAACCAUUCAAUACCGUCAGUCGACCUCUCUGCGAGCUUUCUCUUCUACUCCACUUCGCGCAGCAACUCAGGGAUAUGGAGAUGGAAAGGGCGAUCCUGCGGGGGAGAAUCCACAAGACCAAGGAGCCUCAAAUACCACAAAGCAUGAAGGAGAGCAUCCUGGUCCAGAGCCUGUUUCUGAAGGACAAGGAACUGGUGCUGGCCCAACGAAAGGUGGUUCGGGUGGUUCAAAAUCCCCUGAAGAUGCGUCGGCUCAGUCUGGAGGAUCAAGAUCAAAGGAAGCAAAGGAGACUGGAUCCAGCCCAACAGGUGGUUCCAUCAAGGGAAAUGGAGGUAAGAAUACAAACCCGAAGGAUAAAAGAGUCAACGGGGCUUCACCCAAGAUUCAUUCGGAGGACCAGCCGGGACCAAAGAGUUCGAGCAAACAAGCUGAGGUUGAGCAGCAUAAUAGGGAGUUUAAGGAGGGUCAUGAUAGAGCCUCACAAAAGGCUUGA